AGGAUAAAUACAAUUAUACUCGCCUCGUCUUUAAUUCUAGACAAUUUUAUAAAAAUCUAGAAAAAUGAUAUUUAUCUGAUAAACAAUAAGCGUUGAGUAAAAGUAAAUCGGAUCUGGUUAACAAGUGACUUGAAAUCCAAAAAUUGGUUAAUUUUAAAGGAGAAAAACCGAAAUAGUACAUCCCAUACAUACAUAUUAAAAUGACUAACUACACAAGGAGAUACUGGCCGAUAGUACUUUACCUACUUUCCAUUUCAAUUUCCCUUAUCGAUGGCUCUUUCAUAUUGCCAGAGAAUGACCCUCCCACUACGGCGCCAAAAUUCUUGUCCAGGGGUCACUUGUACAAGGUCAUUGUCGGAGAGACUAUCGAGUUGCCCUGCAAAGUACAAAACCUCGGCUCGUUUGUGCUUUUGUGGCGGAAGGGUUCAUCCGUGCUCACAGCCGGGCACUUGAAGAUAACAAGGGAUCAACGCUUUAAGAUAGUGGGGGACUACAACUUGCAGAUUAAUGGAGUGAAGACUCAAGACGCUGGGGAUUACAUAUGCCAGCUCGGUGAUCAGGAAAAUCGAGACCAAGUUCAUACAGUUGAAAUUUUGGUACCGCCCACACUGAGGGCUCUUCCACAUAAUGGGCAAGUAACUGCCCGCAAGGGAAGCACUGUCACCUUGGAGUGCAAGGCGUCUGGCAAUCCGGUGCCCACAAUAUUUUGGUUUAAAAAAGAUGUGUUUUCCGGGCCGACUCAUUUGUCAGAUAGCUCAACCCUAAUAUUGGAAAACGUGGACAGACAUCACGCGGGAACGUAUCAGUGUUCUGCCGACAAUGGGGUAAAAGAUCGCGUAUCAAUGGACAUACAGCUCACCAUUCUCUCUCCCCCAGAAAUAACCGUGGAGAAAUCCUGGGUUCACGCAUCCGAAGGAUACGAUGUUGAGCUGGUUUGCAUUGUCAAUGGAGACGUGAGCUCGGAAAUGCUGUGGUACCAAAACUCAUUUCUUCUUGACGCGACCGAUCGGCGAUCCAUGUAUCCGCGUGAUGAUAGAUAUAGCCUCAUUAUUCGGAACUUUCAACCAACGGAUUUUGGCAACUAUAGCUGUGUGGCUGAUAAUGCUUUGGGAAGAACUAAGAAAUACAUUGAAGUUUCCGGCCGACCGGGGCCUGCUGAUUUUAUUUCUCCAGCUUUAAGUGGGUUUCUUGAUCACUACAACUUAACGUGGACAAUCGAAUCUAUACCGCCUCUGGAUGAGAUUAAGCUCUUGUACCGUCGCCUAUUGAUGAAUGAAACCUACCAGCACCCCGGUAAAUGGCAUGAGUAUCACAUUAAGCCAACGCCAAUUAGAACAGAUGGAUCCCACUUUUUAAUGUCGUAUCUCGUCAAAAACUUGGAACACAAUGCUGUCUAUGAAGCGAUUGUUCAGGCUAAAAACAAAUAUGGAUGGAACGAGAUCAGCGAUAUUCAUCAAUUCUAUACGCGAAACCAUGAUCUUCUUCUCGAUAUUGAUAUGGAAUAUAAAAUGGGCAUCUCAAGCAAUAUUAGAAUAUCUCCAUCUGUCUUUAAAAUAUUGUUAUCUUUGUUUAUGUUAGUACUCUUUCCCAUCAUUAGUGUUUAAGAAAUAAUGAGUAGGAUUUAUUUGCAAAUAUAAUUUAAAUGGUGCCUUACUAAAACUUUAGCAAAUAAUUAAAUUUACAUGUAUGUACAUUAAGAAAUCGUAUUAAAUGUAUUGAAAUCUCAAUAGAAUACUUCUCUCAAUAGAAUAUAAUGACCGUACUUCCGCAACUUUUUAAGAUAAAAAACUAAUAUUCAAGUUUAUUUAUUUUCUCAUUACUUCUUGAAUAAUGUUAAACAAACAAAAACGUUCCCUGAAAUUCUUUACAAAAAGACAAAAAUAUCAUGAAAUUGAAAUUUUUUGACAAGGAAUAUAAAACAGAUUUGAGAGAUAUGAAAGAAAUUGCAUUUCCCUAGCUGGUUUAAUUUUUUUUAUUUCUGCUGUUACAAUUUUAUGUAAGCCUAAGAGUAUGUUAAACUUCGGGUAAUGAAUCGGAGCAAAAAAUGAUAGGCUCAGUCUCCCGUUAGCCCAUUCCAUGAACUGAGUACCGGAUUAUAUCACAAAUAAUCCCAAUACAGAAAUCAGCUUAAGCGAAAACAGCUGAUAUUGAUAAGGAAUAAUAACUUCAUACCAUAAAUAGGUCCGAAUGUAGUCAUUAAAUUAGUAAACACUUAUCUGAAUAUGAUCGUCGAAUUAAAUCGAACUUAAAUUAAGGAAACGAAAUUCGUAUAUUUGCACAAAAGAUAUAUGUACAUAAGCACAAGUACUCUCAAAACAUCUUCUGAUUGACCGAGAAAAUGUCGAGAGGCAGAUAAAAACAUUUACCACGUUUAUACGAUGCAUAUCCCACAGUCCCCAUAUUGUUUGUAUCUUACGGUAUGAUCGUUUUAUAAGUUGUUAAUUUGAUAGGCAAAGACACGGGCAAUAAUGUCGAGAUAGCAUCACUCAAAGAAAAUGUUUUGUACUUAAUAAUUAGUUACUAAAUUGUUAUUCCCCAGAGUGGUGAGAAAUUUUUUAACAUAUCGCGGUAAGGUAUUAAAUAUACUUGUAUCCACAAUCGUAUAAGCGUAGUAACUGUUGAUAAAAUUAACAAUCUUCUUUAACGUAUAUUUAGAAGUUAGAAAAUAUGGUAACCCACUUCUACACACUUGCACCAUAGGUAUUCUUUCAAAUUCAUGUCCAAUCUGUGACACCUUCCUCGUGGCACAUGAACCAGUUCACGCUGAGGUAAAAAAACAAUUUUAUAAUUUUUUGUGCAAGGAAGUUGUAUCCGAACUGGUAUUCUUUCUCUCAUUCUGGGUAGUGAAAAUAUACAAAGGAAAACUAUGGUAGAUCAGCAUUAAAAUUCACAGCUGAACAAGGCUUAGCAUUUUCAUAUAAAAACGUAAAAGAAUACAGUAUAUACCCUCCUGUAAUCAUAAAAUACAUAAAUACAUAUUGCAAUAUCGUUAAA